AUGUCUGAGAACCCGGUGGCCACUUCUGCCCCAGAGGCCAACACACCAGUGCAGACGCCCCUGGCUGAAGUCUUUGAUCAAGUGGAGGCCAAGAACUCGUCACGUGUCGAAACCGAGGUGCCUGAAAAGCCUCUCUCGCCGCCCAACCCGUCGCCCUCCCCAGAGAAACACAAGUUAGAAGAUGAUGAUAUGGAGGACGAAGGCUCUGCGAAGAAGCUAAAAACCGGCGAUCCCGAAGAGGCAACUCCCGAGAACGGCACUCCCCUGGAACCCAAUGGCGAUCAAAACGGCGACUUCGGUGCGGCAGGAGAUUCACUCCUGGACCAGUCGAAAAUGACGCCGGCGCCCAAGCCACCGACCGAGCCCGACAUGAACAAUCUCCCGGAAAACCCUAUGCCAAAGCAUCAGAACAAGUUUGUUCUCAACACGAUCAAAGCUAUCAAGCGGUUGAAAGAUGCGGGGCCGUUUCUCCACCCUGUGGACGUGGUGAGGCUCAACGUGCCGUUGUACUAUAACUACAUCAAGCGGCCAAUGGACCUCGGCACCAUCGAAAGAAAGGCCGUGGUCAACGCGUACGAAGACCCCCUGCAAGUUGUGGACGACUUCAAUCUUAUGGUCAACAACUGUGUCAAGUUCAACGGUGAGACGUCGGGCAUCUCGCGCAUGGCCAGAAACAUCCAGGCGCAGUUCGAGAAACACAUGCUCAACAUUCCUCCCAAAGUAUUGGCUGUGAACGGCUCCGCAACUGUGCCUGUGUCUGCAAACUCUAGGCGCAGAAACGUCCUAGAGGAGUCCAAGAAAGAAUCGGUGGCUGCGCACAGACCAAAGAGAACGAUCCACCCGCCAAGAUCCAAGGAGUUGCCAUAUGAUGUCCGUCCAAGAAAGAAGAAGUACGCGGCCGAGUUGCGUUUCUGCAACCAGGUCAUUCGGGAGAUGACCUCAAAGAAGCACUUCAACAUCAACUUCCCGUUCUUGCAACCCGUGGAUCCUAUAGGCCUUAACAUUCCUAACUACACGGGAAUUGUGAAGAACCCUAUGGACUUGGGUACCAUUCAAACCAAGCUCGCAAACAACCAGUACGAGAACGGAGACGAUUUCGAGAAGGAUGUCAGACUAGUGUUUACCAACUGUUAUCUUUUCAACCCCAAGGGCAACGACGUGCACGCCAUGGGCCUGAAGCUCGAACAGAUGUUCAACAAGAAAUGGGCGAGCAAGCCCGUUCCUGUUGCGACGCCACCGCAUUCGGAUAUGGACGACUCGAGUGAUGAGGAUGAUGAAGACGACCUCGAGAUCAGUGAAGAGAUGUUGUCCAAUGUUCCAGCGAUCCAGUUCCUCGAAAAUCAAUUGGUGCGGAUGAAGAAAGAACUUGAUGAGUUGAAAAAGCAGCACUUGGACAAGUUGAAGCAGCAGAGGGAUUCCAAGAGAAAGAAGAAGAACGCCAAGAAGAACAAGAAGAGGGCAAGAUCGAAUUCUUUCGCAGAUCACGCAGCAGAGCACCAGCCAGUGGUGACCUACGAAAUGAAAAAACAAGUGAGUGAGACUGUGCCCACCUUGAACGACAAGAAAUUGCAGGCAUUGAUUAAGAUCAUCAAGGAUGACAUUGUCAUCAGUGACGAAGAAGAAGUUGAGUUGGAUAUGGACCAAUUGGAAGACCGCACGGUGUUGAAGCUCUAUAACUUUUUGUUUGGAAAGAAGGCCGCCAGCAUGGCCAUGAAGAAGCAGAAGAAAUCAACCUACUCCGCUGGCAACAUUGACCAGUUGGAGCAGUUGCGGUCCCAGCUCCAAUUGUUUGAUGAUGCCGAGAGAGGCGGCAACGGCGCGGCGUCCGCUGCGUUUGAUCUCAACAGUAUCCCUGCGCAAGAAUCGUCUGAGGACGACUUGUCGUCUGAGUCUUCCGAGGAGGAGUAA